GAGUAUAACCGGGCCGGUCUGCCCAGUUCUCGCAGCGCUCGCAGUUCGCAGCGGCCUCCUCCACGCAUUUGACAGUGUGACAGUCCGACAACAUGCCCAGCAAGACGUACGCCACGCUCCACACCGGGGCCAAGAUGCCCCUCCUCGGCUACGGAACCUGGCAGGCCGUGGAGGGCCAGCUGGAGGGCGCCCUGCACGCGGCCCUGGAGGCCGGCUACCGCCACAUCGACACGGCGGCCGCCUACAGGAACGAGGAGGCCAUCGGCCAGGUGCUCAAGGAGUGGAUGGACUCGGGCAAGGUGAAGCGCGAGGACCUCUUCAUCGUCACUAAGCUGCCGGCCGCAGGCAUCCGACCCUCCGGCCCCAAGAAGUGGCUGAGCGACUCGCUCCGGAAGCUGGGCCUGGACUACGUGGACCUGUACCUCGCCCACUGCCCCUUCUGCGCCAAGGAGUCGCCCGACGACUCCCCCUUCCCCAUCGGCCCCGACGGCAAGAUGAAGUUCGAGUCCGACACCGACCACGUCGGCAUGUGGAAGGCCAUGGAGGCCGAGGUGCACGCCGGGCGCGCCAAGGCCAUCGGGCUGUCCAACUACAACAAGCGCCUCAUCCAGAAGGUGCUGGACAACUGCACCAUCAAGCCCGCCAACCUGCAGGUCGAGCUGCACGUGUACAUGCAGCAGAAGCCCCUCGUCGACUUCUGCCACCAGAACGGCAUCACCGUCUGCGCCUACUCGCCCAUCGGCAGCCCCGGCUCCGAGAACUUUGUCAAGAACUUCGGGAUCACGCUGCCGGACCUGAUCAAGAACCCCACCAUCGUGGAGGUGGCGCAGAAGCACAAGAAGACGCCCGGCCAGGUGCUGCUCAAGCACAUCGUGCAGAGGGGCAUCAUCGCCAUCCCCAAGUCGCUGUCCAAGGAGCGCAUCCAGCAGAACAUCGCGCUGUUCGACUGGGAGCUGAGCACGGUGGACAUGGCCAAGAUCGACGCGCUGGACCAGGGCAAGGCCGGCCGCAUCUUCGACAUGGCCUUCUUGGGACUCGACAGGAGCCAUCCCGCGUACCCGUUCGGCGAGUACCCAUAAGCAGCGCCGCCAUCUUCUCCUAAGACUUGCUUUUUUUUGUAUCAAAGAAUAAACCAAAUAUGACUGUUCCCUGGA